AUGGAUUUCCCCCAGCACAGCAAGCAAGUCCUGGAACAGCUGAACCAGCAGCGGCAGCUGGGUCUGCUCUGCGACUGUACCUUCGUGGUGGACGGCAUCGACUUCAAGGCCCACAAAGCCGUGCUGGCGGCCUGCAGCGAGUAUUUCAGGAUGCUUUUCGUCGACCAGAAGGACGUGGUGCACCUCGACAUCAGCAAUGCGGCAGGCCUGGGCCAGGUUUUGGAGUUCAUGUACACGGCUAAGCUAAGCCUAAACUCCGACAACGUGGAAGACGUGCUGGCCGUGGCGGGUUUCCUCCAAAUGCAGGAGAUCGUUACUGCUUGCAACGCUCUCAAGGCCCUCACCAUGCCGGCAGAAAACCCUGCCAAGAGCCAGCAGCCCCCCGCCGAGAUCGGGGCCGACAAGGCGGCUCUCGAGCACAAGAGGUCGACUGCAGAAGCACUGAGUGAUCUUGACAAAAUAAAACCUGUUCCUGCCGACCCGAAGGAGAUGGAAGAGACGCCUGCGGCCGCAGCAACACAGCCUGAGGCGCAAGCCUUGGGUGGUCAAGAAGGGGCAGAUCUUGCCAUCCAAGAGGGCCUCAACGCCGAAUUUCCCAGCUGCCUGCAGCCGGAGGAGAGCGUGGUUGGCAACGGCAGCCCCGCGGCGAAGGGCGACGUUUCUCCGGGUGCCGAAAUGGGAGAGAUGGAGCUGGAAGGGAAGGAGGAAGAGGGGGAGAUGACGGCAGAGGAGGAAGAGGAGGCUAAAAUCCCUGAGGAAGAGCAACCCCAGUUAGAAAAUGGAGAAAAUGCUGAAGAUAACGAAUCGGGGAGCACUGACUCCGGGCAGGAGAACUCGGGCGAAACCCGGCUGCUGCGUUUGGGUACUUACAGCGACAGGACUGAGUCGAAAGCCUACGGCUCCGUCACGCACAAGUGCGAGGACUGCGGGAAGGAGUUCACCCACACCGGUAACUUCAAGAGGCACAUCCGUAUCCACACCGGCGAGAAACCCUUCUCCUGCAGGGAGUGUAACAAAGCCUUCUCCGACCCGGCUGCGUGCAAAGCCCACGAGAAGACGCACAGCCUGCACAAGAAACGGCACACGGGGGAGGCCAAAUACCGCUGCGACGACUGCGGCAAGCUCUUCACCACCUCCGGCAACCUCAAACGGCAUCAGCUGGUCCACAGCGGGGAGAAACCGUACCAGUGCGACUACUGCGGGCGCUCCUUCUCCGAUCCCACCUCUAAAAUGCGGCACCUGGAGACCCACGACACCGACAAGGAGCACAAGUGUCCCCACUGCGACAAGAAAUUCAACCAGGUGGGGAACUUGAAGGCUCAUUUGAAGAUUCACAUCGCGGACGGGCCUCUGAAGUGUCGGGAGUGCGGCAAACAGUUCACCACUUCAGGCAACCUGAAACGACACCUCCGGAUCCACAGCGGGGAGAAACCCUACGUCUGCGUCCACUGCCAGCGCCAGUUCGCUGACCCCGGGGCGCUGCAGCGACACGUCCGCAUCCAUACCGGAGAGAAGCCGUGUCAGUGCUUGAUCUGCGGGAAAGCCUUCACCCAGGCGAGCUCCCUCAUCGCCCACGUGCGCCAGCACACGGGGGAGAAGCCCUACGUCUGUGAACGCUGCGGCAAGAGGUUUGUGCAGUCAAGCCAAUUAGCCAACCACAUCCGCCACCACGAUAAUAUCCGACCCCACAAAUGCACCGUCUGCAACAAAGCCUUCGUCAACGUGGGCGACCUCUCCAAACACAUCAUCAUCCACACGGGGGAAAAGCCGUUCCUGGGCGACAAGUGCGGCCGCGGCUUCAACCGGGUGGACAACCUGCGUUCCCACGUGAAGACAGUGCACCAGGGCAAGGCGGGCAUCAAGAUCCUCGAGCCCGAGGAAGGCGACGAGGUCAACAUCGUCACGGUGGCUUCUGAUGACAUGGUGACGUUGGCCACCGAGGCGCUAGCUGCCACCGCUGUCACGCAGCUCACGG